UGGAUUUACAGCGGUAAAAAAAUCAUCAUCAACAAUUCAACAUGGCAGCAAUGAAGAAAGUUUUCGUUUUGACAAUCGCGUGCAUGGCAAUAUCGGUGAUGUCCUCGUCCUCCAGAAGCCUUCUGCAAUUGGUAAUUGAGCCAAAAGCCCCAAGCCCAAGCCCAAAUGCUGCUGCUUUUGACAUUACAGGAUUAGUGUCCACGGAUCACGGUACAGUUAAUAACAGUAAUAAUCCCGGUGUUAAUUUAGGCCAAGAUAUCGCAAAGUGCUGGGCGUCUGUGGUGAGUAUACAAGAUUGCGUGAUCGAUAUUUACAAGAUCUUCUUGGGCAACAAUCGGGUCCCUCUAAGCCCACCUUGUUGUCAGACCAUUUCCACCGUCGCCGCCGACUGCUGGCCCAAGAUGUUCGCCGGUAAUCCAGAGUUUCCGGGCUCCCUCCUACAGGUUUGCAAGGCCACGACGCCGGCCGGGAUCUAA